AUGUUGCGCAACUUGGUAACGAUCUUACGUCGUUCGACGCGUUCUUCCGUGUAUGUCCGUGGUUUAUCCUCGACAUCAUCAUCAGAGUAUGAUAUUGUUGUAAUUGGUGGUGGUCCAGGUGGCUACGUCGCAGCAAUUAAAGCAGCACAAUUAGGUUUUAAAACUGCCUGUAUUGAAUCCCGUGGAAAAUUAGGUGGUACAUGUUUAAAUGUUGGUUGUAUUCCAUCUAAAGCACUAUUACAUUCGACUCAUUUAUUGCAUACAGCUCAACAUGAGUUUAAAAAUUAUGGCAUUGAUGCACCAAAUGUAACGGCUAAUUUUCCUCAAAUGAUGAAAGCCAAGGAAAAAGCUGUUCGAAUGUUAACAGGUGGCAUUGAAAGUCUUUUUACCAAGAAUAAAGUGACUUAUAUCAAAGGAUUUGGUAAAAUUUCAGCUCAAGGUAAAAUUUCCGUGACAUUGAAUGACAAAAAGAGCAAUGAAACCGUCAAAGCCAAGAAUAUUAUUAUUGCUACGGGCUCUGAAGUAACUCCAUUACCACCUGUUCCGGUGGAUAAUUCGAGUGGGAAAAUUAUUGACUCAACGGGUGCGUUAGCACUAACUCGUGUCCCAAAACACAUGGUUGUUAUUGGUGCGGGUGUUAUUGGAUUAGAGCUUGGAUCUGUCUACAAACGCUUAGGAUCGAAGGUUACGGUGGUUGAGUUUCUGGAUACUGCCUGUACUGGCAUGGAUAAAGAAUCUGUGAAAGAGUUUAUUAAGCUGUUGAAGAAGCAAGGUCUAGAAUUUCAAUUUGGAACCAAGGUGACGGCUUCCGAGGUAAAUGGUGAUGUCGUGAAGCUUACGAUGGAGCCCUCGAAAGGUGGAGAUGCUUUGACGAUGGAGUGUGAUACUGUGCUUGUAGCAACAGGUCGUCGUGCAUUUACGGCUGGUCUUGGACUAGAACAGAUGGGUAUACAGACUGAUAAGCUUGGUCGCAUUGAAGUCGAUCACGCUUUUCGGACACAAGUUCCUGGUAUCUUUGCUAUUGGUGAUGUGAUCCAGGGCGCUAUGCUAGCGCACAAGGCUGAGGAAGAGGGUAUUGCUUGCGUGGAGAACAUUGCUGGUAAGCACGGACACGUGAACUACGGUGCCAUUCCUGGUGUGAUCUACACGUUCCCAGAGUUUGCUUCCGUGGGUAAGACGGAGGAGGAGCUAAAGGCUGAAGGCGUCGAGUACAACGUUGGCAAGUUCCCGAUGAUGGCAAACAGUCGUGCUCGCACGGUGGCCGAGGCCGACGGUAUGGUGAAAGUGCUUGCCGACAAGAAGACGGACAAGUUGCUUGGUGUGCACAUUAUCGCCAGCAACGCCGGUGAAAUGAUCUCAGAGGGUGUGAUCGGCAUUGAGUACGGUGCUGCGAGCGAGGACUUGGCACGCACGUGUCACGCCCACCCGACGUUGAGCGAGGCAUUCAAGGAAGCCUGUUUGGCCACUUUUGACAAGUCCAUUAACUUCUAA